AUGAAAGAAGACGAAAAGUUUGCAGAUGUUGAUUGGACGAACUUAACCGAAUACUUGCUUGACAAACUAUUGGAAGAAUUAGAUGAAGAAAAUCACACAAAUCAUCGUCAACAAUUGUCAAGAACAACAGAUGAAAUUUCUUCAAUAUCUGCUCGACAAUCAUUCCAUCAGAAUGCUCUUUUUGAUUAUGAUUUACAAAUGAACUUAAUCGUUGGAAGAAGAGAAAAUUUCGUUCCACCGAUAAUCGAUAAUAAUCAACAUGAUAAGAAUAUUCGUAACGAAUUAAUCACGCGUUUCCUUACGGCGAUGGCAAUUGAUUAUGAGAAACAAUGA